CGCCGUUCAACCAAUCGGAGUUCGCGUAUUCGGCAUCGGUCCGACUAUUCUCCCCAGCUCCGACGGCUCCUCAAAAUUACCCGUAUUUUCAAACACAACCAGUCAAACCAUUUCAACUCUCAUCCAACAUCUCUCUAUCUAUAUUCUAAUACAGCUUUUAACCCCCUCUUUUCACGCAACAAACCAAACAAACCUCCCCAUUCGCAUCCCAAAAAUGGCUCGUCAACGCCGUGGUGCCGCUCCCGCCCGCAGCGCUCCCUCAAGACCAGCUGCUGCUCCCGCCAGACCCGCGCCCGCCCAACAGCAGCGCUCCGCUACCACAGCUGCUCAACCCCCAGCUACCACCCCUGCUGCUCAACCACCUGUUGCCCAAGCCGCUCCUGUGCAACAGAGCUCUGGGCCAGGCCUGUUCGGCCAGAUGGCGUCUACCGCUGCCGGUGUCGCCGUCGGCUCUUCCAUCGGCCAUGCCAUCGGUGGAUUCUUCGGCGGUGGCUCCAGCGCCCCAGCUGAGGCUCAACAAGCACCCCUACCAGCCGCCGCCCAGCAGAUGGACAGCGGCCUCUAUCAGAGCAACAGCGCCACCAGCGGCUGGGCCGAGAAUCCUGCAUGCGAGACUGACGUGCGCGCGUUCAGAAAGUGCAUGGAUGAUAACCAGGGAAAUAUGUCCAUCUGCGGCUGGUAUUUGGAUCAACUGAAAGCUUGCCAGGAGGCUGCUAAGCCGUAUUAGACGAGACGGUUGUUUCUCGUUCGCCAGUUAGGGCUUUUCUAUUUUAAUAUUCAAACGAUGGUGGAUGCAGUAGAAUCGUGAUCAACAUCAUUUUCCUAUAUAGCGCGUACAUACCAUCGGUCAGGAUUCAGCUGAAUCUAAUUCGGCUUUUUUUUUUUCCCCCUUUUUUUCACGUUUUGUGUACUUGUACAAAUACUCGUGGUGUGUCAAGGACAUUGUGGAUAUGAUGCCGUUCAGAAGAGAAGCACAACAAAUGGCUACCACAUAGAAAUAUUAAUAUAAUAGAGAACAAAAAACACCAAAAAAAGAGAAAAUCUCAAUUCCAACAACGCCGAUCCCCCUGCUAUCGAUAUGCCGAAGUCGUGAUGACAAGACCGGGUUCCAUAAGAACUAUGUAGAGUGUCUGAAGACAUAGUGAAAAGUCAAUAACAAACCAGGGCUCCCGAACCACAUAUCAAACAAGAUACACAUUGAUAAUUAAGUAUACGACGAUAGGAGACUUCCUUAAAGCUUGCUAUCGUUAGAUCAAAAGAUUUCCAUAUUUACUCGCUUUCUUGAUCCCUACGGGGUUCGAAAUUUAACUAUUUCAUAGCACCUGUCAGUAUAUCAGGGACACGAAUUACUCAAAAAGUUUUCUUCAUGUUAUCCGUAGGGGAAGAAAAUGCUUCUAUUUUGAAAGAAACGUGGGGGAAACAUAUAUCCAUACCUGAUUCCCGUUAUAAAAUUGGCGCGCUUCUCCAUCAUCACCGUCAUAGAGAGUUCUCACAUUCGAUCUCACAUUCCUACCUCCCAGCAGAUUAGCUCUAUUUGGUGCCUCUGCUGCAGGUGAUGACUCAGUUGCCGUCGACUCAGGAUUCGCAGCUUGGCUCUGAGAUAUCCCCAGAAUUGAUCCUAUGGCCCCUGCUACCGCACCAACGGUUCCCGUAACCAGGUUAUAGCCAGCAUACAGCCCUCGGACGGGAAGUGAAGCUCCCGCAGAGGCAUAAGCUUCUGUGUAUGUACGCACUGGAACCAUUACUAAAUUUGCAGUAGGACCUAGACCUAGUUCCUCAAGGGUUUGAUCUUCUUCUGCGUCUGAUAUGGUUCGGCUGGGAAGAGGUGUCAGGAUCUGUUUUAAGUUAUAUGGCGCGUCGCCAUCCGAGCGCUGGCUAUCCAGCCAGGGGCGAACGUCAUUUUGAAUGGUCUGAGUGGGUGAGAAACUUGAGCGUACUGAACUGCCGUCAAAGAGACGUAUCUGUAGGCGGAAUUGAUUUGGUUUAGGCUUCGGUGCCGGUCGUUGGUGGGCUGGUUUUGGGGGAUCAUUUUCAUUCUUGGUUAAUGACGCAAGAGAUGCUCUUAUCGACUCCUCUCUCGCUUUUCGAGCUUCGUUAUCACGCCUGAUCUGUUCUAAUAUUCGAUCUCGUUCUUCUUUCUUUUGCUGUUCUCGUUUCCGCUGUUCUAACUUCCAGUUUUGAGCUUGUGAUUGAGACGUGUCUUGAACCCGUUCUGGCUCCUCGGCCGUCUCAACUCGUCGUUUGCCAGCUCUUAUGCUUUCCCUCCUUGCCCGUUCAGAAGUUCCCUGCUCCUGCUCCUCUGUAGAUUCCGAGUCGUGGUCCGGGGUAUGAGUUGAAAGCGGGCGGGAGGAUACCGGAGUACUUACCCCAGGGGAACUAUUACUGUCCACCUGUGCUGGCGGAGCCAUCUGCGAAGUUGGGAUAGGGGGAUCUUCGAGCGCCUUUUUCAGUCGACGUUUAAAUUCCUCCUCAGAGACACCUGAUACGAUGUAUUCCCGAAGUACGCCGUUUCUAAAACCCAUCUGUUAGCGCCGUGUUUGCCGGUUCGAAAAGAAGGCUAUAAGGGAAUGAAAGGCCACCUUAUGACGACCAACGUGGGGACUUUGCUUAUGGGGCAAAACGAGGCCAAAUAACCUGCUUCCACUGAACCCGCUUGUAGUCGCAAAGAGAUAGUCUUUGACUUUAUUAAUGGCGCUACCUAGCAAAUAGAGAUAAUGCCAAAUACUCAUUCUCCCAUUUCGAGCUUUCAUCCGUGUCGUCUAAAUUAGGCACAUUUCGACAAGGCCGCGAUAUAGAUUAGCAUUUCAUAUAAGUCACCACACAUUAGCUGCCAACAAAGUUUAGGUAGAUGCGGGGGGGGGAAUUAAGGCACAAACCUCGAACAAAACAUAUGACAUAUUUGGCUUCAUUGACAGCAAGGGCUAUACCGCCCUGUAGAUCUCCUUCGUAAAACAUGUUCGGGUAUCGAUGUGGUGUAGUAUAAAGGCAUAUUGAGUAGACAAGCGCAGAGGAA